CUGUCACUUCAUUCGCUGCUUUUUAUUCAGUCGUGAAGAAACGAGAACAGACAAACCCAGCUUCUCUCCAACCUAGAGCUCAAGAUCAUCCCUUGGUCCCCCCCAGACACCACGAACCAAAGCAAUGACCGUCGAUUCGUCCUCCCCCGUCUUCGAUAACACAAAAAUCACAGUUAUUUAUGUUUUGGGAGGUCCAGGCGCAGGCAAAGGCACCCAAUGCUCACGACUAGUUUCCGACUUCAAUUUCUGCCAUCUCUCCGCUGGCGACCUCUUGCGCGCAGAACAGAACCGUGAAGGGUCCCAGUAUGGCGAACUCAUCCGCACCUGCAUUCGGGAGGGCACCAUCGUCCCCAUGGAGGUCACCAUCAAGCUCCUCGAGAACGCCAUGAAGGCCGCCCUCGAGAACCCUCCUCAAGGCGACGGAUGGUCAGAAGGUCGCGGCCGCUUCCUCAUCGAUGGCUUCCCCCGCAAGAUGGACCAGGCUCUGAAAUUUGACGAGACGGUGUGCUUGUCAUCGCUGGUUCUGUUCUACUCGACCACCGAAGAGGUUAUGCUCGAGCGUCUCCUUGAACGAGGCAAGACCAGCGGAAGGGAGGAUGACAACGUAGAGAGCAUCAAGAAACGAUUCCGCACCUACAAGGCCGAUACUAUGCCCGUUAUUGAGCACUACGCCGCACAAUCCAAGGUCGCAGAGAUCGAUAGCUCCGCCAGCAUCGACGAGGUAUACCAGAAAUCUACACAAGUCGUCAAGACACUCUUUAAAGCAAAGGAAACCACCGCCUAAAAACCUAAACCUACAUUAAGGGAUAAUCGAUACAGGAGUAAUAAAUAUACCGCAACGGACGCUUGUAAUCGUUUCCUGCUCUACUGAUUCGUAAUGUCUAAUGCCGUUCCACUC